AUGGCAACUGCGGGAAAGAUAGAUGUAGCUCCUCUUGCUCCGUUUGAUCCGAUAUCAGAACCGACAUCCUUAAGUCAACGAUGGAAAGUUUGGAAACGCAGAUUCGAAACGUAUUUAGUCGCGGUAAAUGUGAAAGAUAAUGCCCAGAAACGAGCAUUGUUACUUUAUCAAGCCGGUGAGGCAACACAGGAAAUCUUCGAUACACUUUCAGAGACAGGAGAGGACAAUGAUUACAAGACUGCAAUUGAGAAAUUGGACGAAUAUUUUUCCCCGAAGAAAAAUGUGGAUUACGAGAUAUUUCAAUUCCGUCAAGCAAAGCAAAACGCCGAUGAACCAACAGACCAAUUUGCAACACGACUUCGCAAACUAGCAGCUCACUGUGAAUUCCACGAUGUAGACCAUGAAAUAAAAUCGGCUAUUAUUCAAAAUU